AUGGCAGGGACAGGAGCACCGGACAAAGAGCAGCCGCUCGCAGGCGCGGUGAUUUGCUUCACCGCGGUUACGCUAGAGUACAGGACUCAGCUCGUGAAUGUUGCGAAAGAGAUGGGCGCAAUUGAACGACCCGACCUCACCUCCGAAGUAACUCACCUUCUCGUCGGAGCCACCGAAUCUGCCAAAUACAAGUUCGUCGCACGAGAGCGAAAUGACGUUGCUGUGGUCCGGCCAGAAUGGAUCGAGGCCGUGCGCCAAUCGUGGGUGCUGGGAGAGGAUACCGACAUUCGCGCCUUAGAGAUACAAUACAAGAUGCCUGCCUUCUUCGGCCUUACGCUAUGCAUUACGGGAUUCUCGGAUAUGGGCAUUCGGACUCAGAUGCAUGACACUUCCGUGGAGAAUGGGGCAGAGUUUCGGAAAGACUUGACCAAGAGCGUCACCCAUCUCAUCUCGCGGACUGCAGACGGAGAGAAAUACAAGUUUGCGACACAAUGGGGAAUAAGAGUUGUCAGUGAGAAGUGGUUUUAUGACUGCAUUGAGCGGGGAAUGAUCCUGGACGAGGAAAAGUACCAUCCACUGGUACCGCCGGAAGAACAAGGUGUUGGAGCAUGGAAUCGACCUUCUCUCACUUCACAGAGCGAUUCUAGAAAUGAACGAUCUGCUCCUCAUGAAGGCGCGGCAGAUAAACGACCACGCAAAAAGCUACGCAGGACCGCAAGUACAAAAUUGAUCGGUCAGAAUGAAAACAUCUGGGGUGAUAUCAUUGGUGCUGGUUUCAUGAACAACGAGACGACCGAUUCCGCCAACAACGAGGACGAAGAAGCUGAUCCACCACCUCCGAGACAUGCCAUUCAAGCUGCCAAAUCUUUCGCGAGCGAGUCAGUCUUCAGUCAAGCCAUGGCACCAGAAGAAGCACCCAAACCCCAAGUUCCAGAAGGAUUCCUAGGCGGAUCGUAUUUCUACCUCGAGGGAUUUUCUUCCAAGCAGAUGGGAGUAUUACACCGCCACCUCGGGUUCAAUGGAGCUCAGUGCGUAGGAUCAUUGAGCGACUUCUCUCGUCCAAGCAUCCCGAAGACAGGCCAAGGACUAUACAUUAUGGUGCCAUAUCAGACUUUGAAGUCGGCGGCUCCAUCAACGGACAACAUGGCAUUUGAAUGUGAGGUCGUCACAGAUAUGUGGCUGGAGAAGUGUCUGCAUGCCCGAGCGUUGGUUCCGCCAGAAUCCCACGUUGCUAGCACACCUUUCCCUAGAUUCCCGAUCCCAGCAUUUUCCGGAAUGCGAGUAUGCUCUACUGGAUUCGGCGGCAUUGAUCUUCUUCACGUAUCCAAGCUGGUCAAUCUGAUGGGUGCCUCCUAUGAUGAAGUUCUUACGUCGCAGGCCUCUGUUUUGAUCUGUUUCGACCCUCAUACUGCAAGUCAGAACAAAUUGCGCCAUAUCAGAGAAUGGGGUAUCCCAGCUGUCUCUGCAGACUGGCUUUGGGCCUCCAUUCAGACUGGCCAAAAGAAGCCAUUUGAGCCGUACCUUGUCCAACAGCAGACAUCACAACCUCGAGGUAGCGUUGAAAAGCCCGGUGCUGCUUUUGAAAACGAAGAUAGUGCACACAAGAAGGGGGGAAUAUCCCGCGACAGACGAUCUAAAGCUCCAGCGGAGUCAGCCAAUGAAGAGAAUAGUGAAGGUUCGAGAUCCGCGAAAAACAAUCGAACACGGGUCAUGCCUAUCAUCGAUGAUGGCUUCUCAAAUGAAGACCACGAUAAUGCGCCUAAACCAUCUAUCCCGGAAUCUCGGUCUCCAUCCCCGAGCACAACAGCCGACAGACCAACAACCAGUGACUCUACCUCCAAACAACCAAAUCAAACCCCUUCAGGACCUACCGGACCAUCCGCGCUGGACACCGCGCUGAAGGGACUCCUUCAACAAGCCCAGGCUGCUAAAUCCCGCCAAUCAAAUGAAAGCCCAACAACCAACGAAGAUGGCAACUUCCCACUCAGACGAAAGCGCAAACCUCUCCUGGGUCGCGCUACAUCACACUCGUCCACUAAGCUUGAUAACCCAGCACCACUAUCCAGAGCUAGCUCCAUCGACACCCUCAACGACGAUGGCCUCGGCUUACCCAUCGACAGCGCCGAUCUGACACGAGCAAACUCACUCUCCCGCACAACCAGCCGCGUUAACAACGAAAGCCUGUCGUCGAUGUUUAGCGGUGCCGGUGGGAAAUUUGAUUUCCUUGAUAAGCAGCCUCUCAAUGGGAACGAGGAGGAUGAGGAGAACACCGAGCCCCAGAUGACACAGCUGGACUACGAGGAUGCUGACGCAGCCGCUAUGAGAGCUGAAUUCUUGCGCGAUGCGGGCAAGAUAGCUCGGAAGCCCAAGUCGGCCGAUCCGGGCGUUUUGCUUGGGGAGGUCAAAGAGUUAGAGGAUGUUGGAUGGGCGUCUGGACGGAGGACAAGGAAGCACCCGAGAGGUGAUGAUUGA